CAUGCCUAUAUCGAGCUCAUCCCCGAUCAUCUCAUCGUAGUUACGGGUUGGUAAACGCGAGGACACCUCAAAAAGCGGCGAUCGCCCGUCGAGCUAUCAGCUGGACGAAAGGCGUGGACGAGACGUUGCUAAAGCGUUCGCUCCAUGCUUAGAAGGCUCUCUGUGCUCAAGCCUUGGUCGAGGGCAUAUGUAUAAUCUUGUUUAAAUAACCCGAUCGUACAGUCGACGCCACUUCUGGCCUCUUCACUACACACUGUAGAAACCAUCUUCGUGUUCGUGUUAACAGGCAAUGGAAAACCGCGUGGCACGCAAUGGGCAUUCACCAGAGAACAAGGGCAACCUUCAUAACAUUGUGGUAUUCGGAGAGAGUGGCGUCGGCAAAAGCUCUUUGAUCAACAUGAUCGCCGGUCAUGGUGUAGCGGAAACUUCCGCCGAUGUGAAGGGAUGCACCUUUGCUUACAAGCAUUACGAGUUUGGUGUCGGCAGAGACAGCUAUCGAGUAUGGGACACAGUGGGCCUUGACGAAGGCACGUUUGGAACCGUACCCGCAGAAUUGGCUGAGAAAAGCCUCAAGACGUUCCUCCUCGACCUGUCACAGACGAGUGGGAUCAAUCUUCUUGUAUACUGUGUUCGCGGUUCUCGCAUCACUACAGUCACUCUACGAAACUACGAACUCUUCUAUUCUGCCAUCUGUAGACGCAUGGUACCGAUCGUCGUCAUCGUCACGGCCUUGGAGAACUAUGACGGAGAGAUGGACGAGUGGUGGGCGAAGAACAAGCGCACUUUUGCACAGUACGGCCUCCACUUCGAUGGCGUGGCAUGCGUCACGACUCUGCCCGAAGAAAAGGUGCAUCCUCAGCUGCGUCAACGCUGGAUGGAUUCGCGGCAGCGGAUAUGGGACCUACUUCAAAUACAGAAGAGCGCCGAGCCGUGGCUGCCACGCAAUCAGAAUCAGUGGGCGCUUGCGACGCUCCAGGAUAUCCGGGCUGUCAUGGACACAAGCUCGAAAGAAAUCUCCCCCAAUAUCGUCGUCGUCGAGAACCACCCUUCACGCCACUUCAUCGUCCUGAGCAACGUCCUCGCCAUCGUCCAGCGCCGAUACAACAUCUUCUGCAUCUUCGACUCUGACAUCAACCACCAAUCGGGAAUCAACUUUCUCCACAACGAGGUAGACGUCACCCACAUGCUUGUGUUGCCGCUGGAGCAAGGAGAUGACGCGGAGGCAUUCCGGCGGGUGUUCAACAUCUACGUGAACGGCACCUCGCCUGUUCUAGUGCUCGUCAUGGGCGCCUCCGACGACGCGGAGGCCAACGCGAGAUGGAAUUCCAUCCGGAACCCUAGCAUGAAAGCGAGGGUCGCCUAUGUGCCACCAGCGGGCGCCGACAAGGAGGUCCAGAUGGAGGCGACGCGUAACCUGGAGAACCUCGUGGAUCGCUACUGCCUGCGCGUCACCGGGCUGUCGAUAACCGGCAAGUGGUCGAAGGUCCGCCAGCAGAGGAAGGCGGCCUUGGACGGACAGAGGCAGCUCAUUACGCUGCAGGACCUGAUCGACGAAGUCCGUGGUCAUGGUUCGUCCUCGAGCAGGAAGAUGACGGUCGAUGCAAGGAUACCCUCGCCAUCGUCGCAGUCGUUGAACUUGCGUCCGAAGCGGUUCCUCUGCUGGACUAUUCGGGGACACGAUUCUGAUUGA